AUGUCUCUCGUCGUCCCGGAAGCCCACACGCAAUUCCAGCACAUCUUGCGUCUCCUGAACACCAAUGUCGACGGUAAACGCAAGAUCAUGUAUGCCCUGACGGAGAUCAAGGGUGUUGGUCGUCGUUACUCCAACAUUGCAUGCAAAAAGGCCGAUGUUGACCUCAACAAGCGGGCUGGUGAGCUCAACUCGGACGAGCUCGAGCGUCUUUUCAAGAUUCCCACAUGGUUCCUGAACAGGCAGCGGGACAUCGUCGAUGGCAAGAACUCGCAGAUUCUCUCGAACGCCGUGGAUUCGAAGAUGCGUGACGACCUCGAGAGGCUGAAGAAGAUCCGGGCGCACCGUGGUCUCCGGCAUUUCUGGGGUCUCCGUGUGCGUGGCCAGCACACCAAGACUACGGGUGCGUAUGCGAUGUCGGGAGGUGUCGCUUUUGCUCAUUCGCUGUGA